UGCUUGUGUGCCAACCUCGCCUCGCACCGCUACUUUUCGCACCACAGCUUCCGCGUAAGCCGCCCUGUUCAGCUCGUCCUUGGCAUCGCAUCGGCAUCGAGCGGCCAAGGCGGGCCGCUCUGGUGGGCGAGCAACCACACGGAGCACCAUCGCCAUUGCGACCAACCGCACGACCCGCACAGUCCAGGCGUCAACACCGCCUGUUCGCGGACGCAACUAUUCUUCCAAGUUGUGUACGCGCACGUGCUGUGGAUGACGAGGCGGCGCCACCUGGAUACGGAUGUCAACAAUGUACCACAACUGGCCAGUCACCCUGAACUGUGGCUGUGUGAUGUGCUCUGGCCGCGUCUCACUGAUGCAGCGCUUGAUCUACUGCACAAUGCCACACAGGCCGCUCUGAUGCCACUCGGCUGGCGACCGGACCUGCCUUCGCCCGCCGUGGAUGCACUGCCUUUGGCACUCCACCUGACGAUGCUGGUCAACUCCUACUGCCACGCGUGGGGGCCAAGUUCGGGUUGCGCCGCAAUUGAUGUGCCGUGGCUCGCGUUCAUCGGCGGAGGCGCAGGGUGGCACAGUGGCCACCACGACGACCCUCGCUGCGCUAACCAUGGUGCGAUUAAGCGUGGGCCAGACGCAACAUAUGGCGUCAUAUGCGUCCUCGAAACGCUGGGGCUCGCAUCCGCGGUACGG